UAAAAAUGAAUAGUUUAAAAAAUAAUUCAUCGAUCCACCACCAUGAAUCUGCUUCUCGGAGAAAAUUCACACCAAUACAACAGAAAAAAGGAGGACACGAACAUGGAGUUAGACAAUUAAAUGGUCAUAUUAAUGGUGCUAGAACUGACAUGAAGACAAAUAAAAAGAAUAAUAAAAUAUCUGACGGAAAAGACACAACAUCAAUUCUUACAAAAAAGAGAAGAUUUGGAAGAGAAAAUUGUGAUGAUAUACAUUUUGUGGAAAAUAAAAACAACAAAUUACCAAAGCAAGAGAUUAAAGAAGAAAUUAAAAAUGUUGUUGAGACACCUCCUACAGCAAAUUCAAAAAAAGACCAAAAUAAUUUCCCAAAAGUUUUUUCAUCACUUCCAACAUCUUCAAAACAUUUGGACAAAAAUUCUUCUUCUUCAACUUCAAGAUAUUUUACUGCUCUUCGAAAAAAUUCAAAACAACAGAAUAAAUCUGUUUAUUUUGCUGAUCAAAAUAAAAUGGAACCUUGGGUUAAACGGAAAUUUUAUAUUGUUGAAAAUGCUGGUAUUCCAACAGAAAUCUAUUGCACCGAUUUUAUUCGCAAAAUAAAACAUCAAGGAGAAAAUAGUCACCACCAUAAAUUAGACGAUUUACAUCACAAUAAUAAUUCAAAUACUUUACUUAGAAUUACAGACAAAUGGAGAGAAGAAUGGAGUACUAAUGGAGUUCAAAUGCCUUUGGGUUACAGACAAGAAAAAUAUCAAUUUGAAAAUACUAAUAUUCUUUUGGAUGAUGUUGAGGAUGAAGUGGGGAAUGAUAAAAAGAGUGGUGACAAGAAGCCUUUUACUCUUCCAAAGAGAAUGAUAGCAACAUAUCCGUCAAAAUAUGUAAAAGAAUUUUCAAAAGAUUACCAACUCAUUCCAAGACUUAAUAAUGAACAAGUUCAACUUGAUUACAAACCUUUAAGACUCAUGCGACUGGAUUAUGAAAAGUCUCGCAACCUUUGCUACAUGAUAACCAGAAGAGAAAAGUUGAAGAAAACUGCUUUAGAAUUAUUCCAUGAACAAUUUAAUAUGGCUGCUUCAAACAUUUUUUGCAAAAAUUCUGUUGUCCCAAUUAGUAAAAGACAAAUGGAUAAAUUACUUGAUGAAAUGAAGAAUUCGGUGGAGUUUGCACCUUCAACAUCAACCUCUCAAGAAUAG